UGGUCGGACAGGUGAGCACAGAGGGCCAUCAUGCUCCGGACAGGUACAGGUGUGGACUCAGGUAGGAGCCCAGUGAGGGAAGCCUGAGCAGAACCAGGAGGAGGAACUUUCUUCUACACUUUGGUGAACUUUUAUCCAACAUGACAGCGACUCGGAGGUUUGUUCUUCUUCUCUGCGUCGCGUUGGUGGCGUCCAGAUGUUCGGCCAGCGAGGACCAGCAUCAGGACCCGACGCCGAGCAACGACCAUGUAGGCACCUCCAGCUCGGACUCGGGGAAUGGGACGAGUUCGGGUCACGACUCGAGUUCAGGUCAUGAUUCGACGAGUUCGGGUCACGAUUCGACGAGUUCGGGUCACGACUCGAGUUCGGGUCACGACUCGAGUUCGGGUCACGACUCGAGUUCGGGUCACGGAGGAGGCCCCAUCACCACCCUGCCCAUCGUGUCCUGGAAGUGGCAUCAUGUCUCCACCCCUUACCUGGUGGCCCUCUGGAUCCUGGUCAGCUGGAUCUGCAAACUCAUCAUUGAGGCUAACCACCAUGUCACCAACAUCAUCCCGGAGAGCGCCCUGCUCAUCUGCUUCGGCUUCAUCCUGGGGGGGAUCAUCUGGGGGGCCGAUAAGGUCCAGACCUUCACCCUCACCCCGACGGUCUUCUUCUUCUACCUGCUGCCUCAGGUCAUCCUGGACGCUGGCUACUCCAUGCCCAACAAGCUGUUCUUCAGCAACAUGGGAGCCAUCCUGGUCUACGCCGUCAUAGGAACCUGCUGGAAUGCCGCCAGUCUGGGGCUGUCGCUGUGGGGGUGUCACAUGGGGGGAGCCAUGGGCGACCUGGACAUCGGCCUGCUGCAGUACCUGCUGUUUGGCAGCCUGAUCGCCGCCGUGGAUCCCGUCGCCGUCAUCGCCGUGUUCGAGCAGGUGCACGUGAACGAGGUCCUGUUCAUCAUGGUGUUCGGGGAGUCGCUGCUGAACGACGGCGUCACGGUGGUGCUUUUCAAUGUAUUUGAUGCAUUCGUGUCUCUGGGAGGAGCUAAAAUCAACGCAGUGGAGAUCAUUAAGGGAAUAAUUUCUUUCUUCGUAGUGGCGUUCGGCGGCUCCCUCGUUGGCUUCGUCUUUGGCCUCCUGAUUUCUCUUCUGACCAGAUGCACCAAGAACAUCCAGAUCAUCGAGCCGGGCUUCGUGUUCGUCCUCGGAUACCUGGCCUACCUGACGGCCGAGAUGCUGUCGCUGUCCGCCAUCCUGUCCAUCGUGUUCUGUGGAAUGUGCUGCCAGAAGUACAUCAACGCCAACAUGGACGAGAACUCGGUGAACACGGUCCGAUACGCCAUGAAGGUUUUCGCCAACGGCUCGGAGACCAUCAUCUUUGUCUUCCUCGGCAUCUCGGCCAUUGACAAGACGCUGUGGGUCUGGAACACUGGCUUCAUCCUCCUCACGCUGCUCUUCGUCAUCGUCUACAGAUUCAUCGGUGUGUUUUUCCUCACCUGGAUCCUGAACAAGUUCCGGCUGGUUCCUCUGGAGGUCAUCGAUCAGGUGAUCAUGAGCUACGGUGGCCUGCGAGGGGCGGUCGCCUAUGGCCUGGCCAUGAUGCUGGACGAGAACAAGAUCAAGGAGAAGAACCUGAUGGUCUGCACGACGCUCAUUGUCGUCUAUUUCACCGUCAUCAUCCAGGGAAUCACCAUGAAACCUCUGGUCACAUGGCUCAAAGUGAGGAGAGCUGCAGUGUCGGAGCUCACACUCAUAGAAAAAGUGCAGAACAAGGUGUUUGAUCACAUGCUCGUGGCCAUAGAAGACAUUUCAGGACAGAUCGGACACAACUACAUGAGGGACAAGUGGAAUUAUUUCGAGGAGAAGUGGAUGUCGAAGGUUUUGAUGAAGCCGUCGGCGAGGAAGAACCGUGAUCGCCUCUUCAAGGUCUUCCACCAGCUGAACCUGAAGGACGCCAUGAGCUACGUGGCCGAGGGUGAACGCCGAGGCUCUCUGGAGUUCAUCCGCAAUGACCACGCCUACAUAGACUUCAAGAAGAAGUUCGAUGAUGACUACUAUGAGGAGGUGAUGCCCGACAUCAUGGCCGACAUGUCUGAUGAUCACGGUGAAAUGUCUUCUGGCCGCAGAGAUCCAGUUCCAUCAGUGAGUCUGGAGAUGCAUGAACAGAACAUGAAGGCUGUGAGAGACUCUGAGGACGUUAAUACUCACCACCUGUUGCAGCAGCACUUGUACAGAGGCAGGAAACAGCACCGACACAGAUACAGCCGCAGUCACUUCGACGUCAACAAAGACGAGGGUGAAGUCCAGGAGGUCUUCCAGAGGACCAUGAGGAGCCGCCUGGAGUCCUUCAAGUCAGCAAAGAUGGGCGUCGCUCCUCCGAAGUCCCUCAGCAAACACCCCAAGAAGGAGCAGCAGCAGAAGAUGUCAAAUGGAAAAUCUCUGGACAAGACUAGAAGUUACUACUCAGGAGAUGAAGAUUUUGAGUUUUCAGAAGGAGACAGCGCCUCUGGCUUUAACCCGUCGUACAAUUCGAUGCCCAUGAGAGUCACCUACAGAGCUGGAGCUGGUAUCGAGAACCUGGGCUUCAUGCCGGACCUGGACUCUGGACCUUCAGUCCAGCUCCCCCGCUGGCUGGAGGACAGCAGCUCCGUGGUUCCGUCCCAGAGAGCUCAGGUCCAGCUGCCCUGGACCCCCAGCAGCCUCAGACGUCUGGCUCCUCUCCGGACCAGCACCAGGUCCACCGACUCCUUCAUGAUGGCCGAUGCUCCUCCUAACGCUCAGCAGAUAGACCUGCCACCUCCUCCAUCUCCUCCUGCAUCUCCUCCACCUCCACCACCUCCUCAUCAUCACCACAUGUAGGAUCAUCCACCUCCUGCAUCUUCUCCACCUCCUCCAUCUCCUCCUCCAUCUCUUCCAUCUCCUCCACCUCCUCCUCAUCAUCACACUUAGGAUCAUCCACCUCCUCCUUCACCUCUUCCACAUCCCUCACCUUCUCCAUUUCCUCCAUCUCCAUCUCCCUCUCCUCCACCUAAACCUCCUCUUCCAUCUUCUCCUCCACCUCCUCCAAAGACUCUCCUCCUCUUGAAGUUUCUGGUCUGAUGGAGUAAAUCAGGAGCUUCUCUUCCUCCACCUCCUCUAAAGACUUGACUUCCUCCUCCAUCUCCUUCAUCUCUACCUCCUCCUCCUCCUCCACUACCUCCUCCAAGGACUCGACAUCCUCCUGAAGUUUCUGGUCUGAUGGAGUAAACCAGGAUCUUCUCCUCCCUGAAUGUGACAGAAAACGACCUUAUCUCAAGCAAACUGUGUGAAGAUAAACAGAGAGGAUUAAAUAAUCGUAGUGACCCGAAUCUAAUCUUGUGUUUCUCUCAGGUUCCAGAUUAAACUUGAAGAAUUAAUCUGCUGUAAAAAUGUUUGAUAAACACAUUCUAUUUAUUAAUCUGCUCGUUGUUUCAUGACCCUGAACAAAAUCUAAACCUGGUGUGACUUUAAAUCUAGAAAUAAAAAUGAGGAAGCUUC